ACGUGUACCAUUUAGGGGCCAGCCAGCUGAUUGUUGGUUCAGCUGAUUGUGAAGGCAAGAUGGUGGAAUCGAAUUAAGUGCUCGCUGCUCUCGUAUCUUUCGUGGUUUACCAAGACCCUCUUUUUCGAGAUCGCGUCCAUAAUGUUAUGGAUGUAGUGGGUGAAGGAACCAUACAGCUUUCUGAUAUGGUUACUAUGAGGGGGGACGGCGUGUCUUUGGCGAAUAGUGGUGGUCAAAGUAACGGAGUGGUGGGGGUCGGGGUCUCGGGUGGUAGUGGUAGCGGUAGUAGUGGUAUCAUCGGCGAAUCAAAGACACUAGCGACCAUUCACAACAAUAAUAAUAAUACCAAUAAUAACAACCAGGCUCUGGUAGAGUGUCACUCCAACGGAACGACGUCUUCGGCGACGAAUGGCGACGCCCAGUGGAAAAUGGUGCCCCAGGACUCGUCCAAGAUGAACAAGAUCAGGGAAAUCGUCGAGAACUCUGCCAGGUAAGCUGCCUAGAUGUCUCUAGCUGACGGCUGUGAACAAUGUUGCCAGCAAGUGUUUGGUAGAGGGUUUGCUUCAGCAAGUUGGCCAGCUGUCGGACAUUGAAAAAUUCCUGCUCUACCUCAAGUUGCCCGUUGGCCGUCCUCCUGAUUCUGAUCCACUUAAACAACCCCUAAAUCCUCUUGGAAGUCGGUGUGAGAUUCAGCUAACCAUAACAUGGAUUCGUACACAUCUGGAAAUGAACAGCGAAGUUUCUUUACCCAAAAGGGAGGUUUACAAUGAAUAUAUGCACUACUGCAAUAUGAAUAACAUCAAGGCCCUAAGUACUGCUGAUUUUGGUAAAGUGAUGAAACAAGUGUUCCCUGGAGUAAGGCCACGUAGGCUGGGCCAGCGCGGGGCAUCAAAAUACUGCUAUUCGGGUUUAAGAAAAAAAUGGUCGUUAGAUCCUCCAGAACUGCCUGAUCUCAAUGAUAAUGUAACUAAAAAGAAUAUGAUCCUCCCACAGCUGGGUGUAGAUGGUGUAGCAGACGAAAGUGAAGUUGAGCGAGCUGCUGGUUGUUUGGUCAUGGAGUGGGCAGAAAAAUUAUGCUCUGUGAAAUUUGAGUGUCUGAGAGACUUGGCCCUUCACCUAGUCCACAAGAACUAUGUCGACAAUCGUUCUAUGGCUGCCUUCACACUUCUUUCUGUGGCCAAUCAAAAGCAAGGUAUGUUAAUGAGUGGUGGAGGAAGCAAUGGUGGAAAACACAGAGAAACUCAGCUCCAGCUUCAAAGGAAACUCCAAGAACGUGAACAAAUUAGAGAACAGAAACGGAAAUUACAGGAGCAGCAGCCUGCCAUAACUAAAUGUGCUAAUGAGCGACCUAAAUCACGUCGACGUAGUGCAGCCUCACGGAAUCCAUCAGGUGAAACUGUGACCAAUGGAGCAGCCAUCAGUACUCCAAACACUCAGAACAACAAAACUGGUGUAGGAAUAAAUCAUUCAAGUGGCUCCAGCCUACCGUCUGCUGUGAGUGCGACUGCAACAGCUUCUAAUGGCAACUGUGAUAGCUUAGCAUCAGAGCUUCCCAAUGGUGCUACCACUAAUGACAUCACUGGUGGGGAAAGCAACAAUGUUAUUGGUUUAAUGUCCAUUAAACAGGAACAGACCUUCAAGCAAGAGCAAUCUUUAGAUUUUCUUGAUAGCUUUUGUGAAGAUAAGUCAGUUUUGGAUGGAAAAAAUGACACUUUUAAUAGUAAUUUGAUAACCACUGGAAGUCAUUCCCUUCCUCCAGGUAGAAAAAAUUGUAACUCUAAUGUGAAAAAUAAUUUCAAUUCUGAAUGUAAUAAGCCUUCUUCCAAUAAGAUUUCUAUUUCUAAACCAAACCCUUCCAAGAAAUCAUUUUUGAUAAUGCCAUCUCCAGGAUCAAAAACAACUUCACCAAAACCCCGUUUCAAAGCUAUACAACCCAAAGUCUCUGAUGGUUUUCAAGGUUUAGUUUCUGGUGGUUCCCAGUGGUCUGAUGUUCUAGGAGGAAAUUCAGAAGAGAGUGCUCAUUCAAGAACUGAGGUAAGUCUGGGAGUUACAGGUGUUGGUGAUUUAGUAACCUCCCAACAACCUGUUUCUAAAGAACCCUACCAACAGGGAUUGUUGCCCAAUAAUAAUAAUGUUAAUAGUCAUGAAGCAGAUGAUGAACUCAUGCAGUAUGUCAAUAAACAAGCAACUGUUGACAUGGAUGAUGCACAAAAGUCAAGUCAGCUCUCAGAGUUGCGUAAAUUACUUCAGAGGAACUUGCCCUCCAAUAAUGUUGGAAACACGAGAUCUCAUUUAACAGAUUCAGACAUGGUAGAUCAAGAAGCAACCGGAGCCGGAGGUAUGAGAAGGCGUGUUAGCUUCCAACCCUCCAUUGAUGGAGGUGAUGUGUUGAAUCCCCUAAUGGGUGGUCAAACUGUUGGUUCAGUCCCUCCAAGCCCUAAUACUCGUAGAACUCAGUUCAACUUCACACCCAUAGGUAACAAUGUAGAUCAAGUGCAGGGUAUGUCUCAAUGUUCAAGUACUAAUGCCAGUCCGUUUAUGUCACCCCGAAACACCCCACUACCCAGAUCUAGGCAUAACUCUGGUCAGACCAGCUCAACUUACGUAACCCCACGUAGCACACCUUUCACACCUGAUCAGCCUGUUUAUCCAGUAGCUUCAGAAAGUAGUACCCCUUUUAUGUCACCAAUUGCAACACCCAUGUAUCCAAGAUCAAGGCAUAACUCUAGCCAGAACCUUCGAACACCUUAUACUCCUACCUGUCGAUCUAGGCAUUCUUCAGGCGCCCCAACAUUCAGGCAUGCUCCAUAUGCUGCUGAUGAGCUAUCAAAUAGGCGUGGUGGUAAAUUCCGUUCUAGGCAUUCCUCAGGGAGUGUGCCCCCCUCACCAUCUUCAGCUCCACUCUCCCCAUUGGUGCAGGAUAUACCAGUACCUCCACAAGAUUCAUUAAGUCUCCAGCUUCCUUCAAUGCUACACCACAUGCUCAAAAAUAAGCAGCCUGUAACAGGAUACACUGAUCUCCGCCGCCGUCAUAUGUCUGCAGGUCCUACCAUACAUUACCAGCCUCAGCCUCCAGCCUUCCAACCAGAUCCAUUAUCACAGGAAAUUUCAAAUGUUUUAACAAAUCCACAAGCCGGGCCUAGCAAUGCUCCUCAGGGCAGUUCUAAUCGACCCCAGUCAGUUCCAUUACUUCAAAUGCUCAAUAUACCAUGUAAUCCUGAAUCUUUUCCCAAAUCUCAUCCUAACACUCCUGUGGUGAAUCAGCAGUUUUCAUUUUCUGAUUGUUGCACAUCACAGCCGUCAUCUUAUGCCCCAACUCCAGUGCCUAGUGAAUACAGUGAUUUUAUUGAGACUUAUAGUUUGGACAUCGACCCAAUGCUCGAUGGUGGUUUGCCUAAUGACAGUGGAGGCGGUGCUGUUGGAUUAGAGUCUGUAGACCCUCUUGCAUUAUCUGGAAGUCAUUCAUCUGACCUUUCGACUCUCUCAGACCCCCUGCAGGUCCCUCCUAAUGUAAACCCAUUUUCAGAUUAUCAGACUGAUUGCAUUAGUGCAAGACCUUUUGACACAUCUAGAAGUGAUGAUGUUCUUGAAGGAAAUAGUUGUUGUUUGGAUAAUACAGUCACCCAGAACACAAAUACUAAUACAUCUGAAGUUUUGAUUGGAACAUCAUCUAUGCUUACAUUAAAUGCUCUUAAUCGCUCAGGACAUGAAAGUGGAACUGGUGGCCUGGAAGAAGACUUCCAACCCACUUUAGCAGACCUAGGUGAUCAGGAAGUUUUCAAUUCGCUUGUAUUGGAUGUUAAUAAAGACUGACAUCAGCCUGCCACUUGGGCAAAAUAUCUCACCUAAUGCUUACAUCAAUCAUACAUAUAAUUAAAGGUAAACUUCAAGUAUAUGAGAAAAGGUGACAAAUUUGCAUUCAAACCAAGUCCAUAGGAAAUGUAAGUAACCCCAAACCCCACACAACACCUGUUCGGUGCAUGCACAAGCGCAUCAUCUCUUUAAUGGGAUGACACACAUGCACAUUAUACCAUACACAUUUUGUACUGCAGUCAGUGUUGACAGUUAUCUGUGAAAAGAGAGAUCCUUCAAGUUCCUCAUAGGGUAAUAACUAGGCUCACACUGAUACACAGUAUGAUGUAAAAUCAAUUACUUGACAUAUUUGAUAGUUAAUGAGAAUGAUCAACAUUCUUGGCACUUGUGUGGAAUUCCCAAAAUAAAUGAAGGAACCUUUGCAAAUUCGGCCAUUGGUAAGUAUGACUUGAUGUGCAGAGAUUUAGAGACAUCAAUCUCCUCUCUUUUUUUUCAUCCUAGACAGAAAUUUCUCUCCCUCUUAUCCUGGACAUAAUUUCUCUCUCUCUCUCUCUCUCUCUCUCUCUCUCUCUCUCUCUCUCUCUCUCUCUCUCUCUCUCUCUCUCUCUCUUUUUGGGAGUUCCCAGUUUAGUUGCAUAGGGUUUGUUAUCCCAGACAAAAGUGAUCUCAUCAGUUGUAGUUUAAACUACUCAGUGGAUUUGUUUAUAAGUGGGUGAGAGAUAUUGCUCAUAGUUUGUGUUUAGCAUGUGCGAAAGAGCUUUACAUGAAAACAUUGGUAAUAAACAAAUUAAAAUAUAUUUUUGCAUGUGAGUGAAUUCACUUGAAUACCAAUGGUAAAGUUACAAACCAAUUAAGGUGUGAAUUACGUUUUCUUUUAUGUUUAAAGUGGGUUGUAGAUAUGUACAAAGCAGGCAAGAUUUUUCCAGAUAAUUCUCUUUUCAAAGAAGUUAGGCUGUGGUAGAGAGUGAUUUUUUGUAGGUGAUUAUGCUGUGUUAUUGUUAUAAAAAAUUGACAAAGUGAAUUUUCCAUGUGACUCAAAUGCAUGAACAUCAUUGUCAUUUUACUCUGAAAUAGGUCUUGUCCAGCAAGAAAAAUAGAAAUGAGAGGCCAGGUAGAUUAAGAUUAGAGCGGCUUUACUUUUCGUUAGACGUUAAUUUUUGUUGAUUGAGCAUUUUAUAUUGGUUCUUUGUUGACCAUUACUAAAAUUUCUCUUGAAAGAAUUGGUGCUUUAUAGCAUGUCAGAAUGUUUUAUACAUUAAUGGUUUUUGCCCAUUGAAACAAUGUUAAAUAGCUUUUUCUCAGUUAUGGCAGUGCUUGAAAGGCCAGAGUUGUGUAAAUAGAUAUAUUUUGUGGUGACAUUUUUUAUAGAUGGUUUGCAGUUUUUAGAGAGGAGAGGAGAUUAGGGUGAAGAGCAGAUUGAAAACUUUAUGAUUAUGCUUCAUAUGUUAUAAGUAUUAGCAGUAUGAAAACCAGUUAUGAGUGUGUUAUUAUGAGGUAAUUUUUUGCUCAGUCAUUGUUAAAUCUGUGGAUAGUUGAGGGUAGAUCUUCCACCAUCUUUUAAAUCUUGGAAAAUGAAGUUUCCAGUCCUAAAUUGUCAAAAUCAGUAUGAUUUUGCUCAUUUAUGUUUGGAGUCUGUUGUUUUGAAACCAGCAUUCAAACAGUAUUUUGUAUUUAUAUUGGUUUGGAGCUUGAAAUACUUUGGAAAAGUGCUAAAUGCUUCACCGGAAGCAUGGAUUACAUAUAACAGCCGUAUAACUUUUCUUCACAUUUCAAGGGCCUACAUGACUUUUUGACAUACUGUAUUACUAAGGUCUCAUGCUCAUUGCAAAGUUAAUGUAUUUGAGCAAAUAUAUACAAUGGGCUACUAUAAAUUUAGUAAUCUUUUGUCAAUCCUUUUUAAUUUAUUUUAUUUCAUAAUGAAAUAAAAGUAGCUUUAGUUUACUGCAGCACUUUAGAAUACAUAUUGCCAUUAAAAACCACCUUAUGGAAGUUGUCAGUACAGUAUUAGACUUGAAGUGCCAGGAGUUUAUGAUAGGAUUUAUGAAAUCCUGCUGCAUAUUUAUGAAUUAUACAAAUACAAGCCAUAAUUCUAAUUGGUUUCAAUAUAUUUAGCCCAUUUAUGAUCUUGUAACAGUUCAUGUGUGCAUUUCUUCAUUUUACAAUUGAGCAUCAGUAUCAUUUUUUCUCAGUUUUGAUGAGUAAUGCAUAUUUUUGUAUUUUAGGGAAGAAUUCAUUGCCAAAUUGAUUGUUUGUAACUGUUGAAUUACUAUUCCAGUCAGAUUUGGGAAAAUCUUGUUAAAUACAGUAUGCCUUUACUUUUACCUUAAACAAAUGUUAUACUUAUGCAGAGCAGUUAUUUUUAUUUUUUUUUUAGUGUUUAUGCAAGCAUUACCAAGAAGCUGAGUACAAAAACCAAUGAUCAGGAGUGGUGGAAUUAUAUGGAGGUUUACUUUUUAUACUCUUAAUAGUUGAACGUACUACAGUAUAAUGCUACUGUCUUUCAUAAAUGAGAUUUUCAGAAACUUAUUUUAAAAAAAUUGAUAUAAUAAAAAUUCACAUUUUACCUAAUCUAAGAGUUGAUUUUAAAUUUUAUUAGAAUUGAAAUGAUAAAAUUAUUUAUGCUUUUAUUAUUGAGUAAUGUAUGUUGUCAGAGAACUUUUAAGUUUGGACAACAUAAAAGUUACUCCUUUGAUAGUUAUAAUGAGAACAUUUUGUUAAAGCUAUAUGGGUGUUGAAGGAUAGUAUUCAAAAGUUCUGUCAGUGCAUUUAAAGUUUGGGUAUUUUAUGUUUGAAUGUCAUUAUUUUAGCUUGUAAAUUUGUGUUAUAUUUCAAAGUUUAGACCCUUCUUGGUUUGUAUGAUAUGAAGUUUGCAAACUGCUUUUUCAAGAGACACCUGCUGAAUUUACCUCAUGUAAACCUAUAGUACGUAUAUUUAGUUAAUUUUUUAGACUAAUUGCUUAUCUAAAGGAUUCAUUCCUAAAUUAAAGCAAUAAAAAUUAGGAAAGUGGCAAGGUAAAUGGACAAAGCUGAAAAUAAGUGAAGGAAAUGCACACUUGAACAGAUGGUCUAUACUGUAAAGAAAAUCGAGUACUUGAUAGUGGAAUGUCCUCCACUCAUCAGAUAAAAAAAAACAGUAAUGUAAAAUGGCAAUAACCAGCAAUGUGCAGUACAUAUUGCACUGGUAGUUUAAUGGUCUUGCAGUAUACCUUCAAUCCCCCUUGGGAUGGUUUGUGUCCUGCUGCUUUUUAUUUGUUAGUGUUUAAUCUUCCCACCUGGGUGGUUUUCAAAUAUGUUUACUUUUCCCACCUGACUGGCUGUCAAGCAUGGAUACCGGUAUUUCUUACCAUCUGUUUGGCUGUCCAAAGUGGUUUCUCUUCUUCCUACCUGGCUGACUGUCCAUCUCUUCAAUUUCUUUUCCACCCAGCGGGCUGUCCAAAAUACAACCCUUUCACAGGAAAUCUCAGCACCAAAAACUGGAGACAGUCAACAACAACUGGGUGCACAGGCGGGUUAGAACACUGGAGGAGUUAGGCUGCUUGAGGUUGUAAGAGGCCACAGACGUAAGUGAUAGGAAGGCGCAGAAAACUCCGUUUUUGAAAGCGUAAGAUGGUAUCCUAGGAAAAAUACAAAUUAAAAAUUUGUAAUUUUGCAGCUUUUUUUGGACGAUAGAAAAGGGCCUGGUGAUUUGGUGAAGGAGUUAUGUAAAAGUAAUUCUGUGCUUACAUUUUGUUUGUGAGUAACACAAUGGUAUGCCCAAUGCUGACCUUGUCUGUGUUUAACAACACUUUUCUUUGACCUGCGUACAGUAAAUUUCAUGGUAGCAUACUUAUCUGUGCUGUACUUUGUUCAAAUGUUAAACAACAACAACAAAAAUGAUAAAUGGAUGGGUGAGAACAAAUCACCAUCGCCAAAACUGAUUAGAUUACCAUUACAGUUACCAUGUACAAGAAGCCAAUGCACAUUUAAAAUAAAGAAAUAUGUGCAAAAAUUUGAAGAUUCUCUGUCCUGAGCUCAUCAAUCUUUUUCUUAGAUCUGCAUGUAAAGUUAAUUUUGAUGUUACAAUUUUGAUGUCACAUUGGUGAUGAAUGGCUGUACUCUAUUAUUGUAUGUUUAAAGAGCAAAGUAGCAAAACUUCAAAGUGAAAGAAAUGACUUAAAGGUAGUCAGAAACAUGGUACUGUAGUGUAAAACACUUUGUUAAUUGGUGUAACAGAUAUUGAAUUUUUUUUUCUACCAUGUAAAAUGUUAAAUUUUUACAUAAAGCGAUAUACAGUAUAUAGUUAAUUGCUAUUUAUUUAAACCAUUACACAGUAAAGAAUUUACGUUUUUCAAGGUCAGGUACACAUGCGAUGGUUAAUAUAUUAAUGACAAUACUAGUAUAAUAGUAUUUAUUUAUAAUAAUAACAAUAAUAAUCUUCAGACAAUUUUCUUACAUAAGUUUUCCUUCUUGUGAAGUUGACCAUGUUUUCAAACAGUUUAUUUCUUUUUGUUGGUCAGAGAAGGCAACUUGUCUAUAUGUUUUGUUGAAUUACCUAAGAAAUUCAAAAAUAAAUUGGACUUGUUCACUUAAUGAUCUUGGUUUUAUGUUGAUAUGAUAAUUAUGCAUCAUAUUACUUGAUUCCAAAGUAUUAAAUGAAUUGCAUCUCAAAUCAUAAAUUUUGCAAAGUUACCUUGAAAAUGUGAUGCAAUAACCUUUACAACACUGAUGUAUCAUGGUGUCUACAUUAGAAGAAGUUUUUCCAGGUUUUACUUUUUCCUAUUAGUGUUGGCACUUGCAGACUCAAGUAAGAAACCUAUGAACUGUAGUUACUGUGAACUAGUUGAUAAUAUGUAAUAUUUGAAUCAGGUUUUUGACCUGGUAAUGUUCAGCUCACUUCCUCCUCCUCGGCAUUUGGGCCUUGUUUGGCUUUGCAGCCCACUUCAGACUUUUUUAAGAACUUGUUUAUGCCUAUUGCAAGUUUUUAAGGAGUGAGUGACCUUUGGGAAUCUUAAGCCCAUACCAUCUGCAGUUGGUCAUGGAAGUUUAUGUGCCAAGUGUUUGCCAUCAGUUAUCUAUAAAGUUCUAAGUAAACCAGUCAACUUGGAACAUAAAGAGACCACUGUGUAGCAAAAAUGUUGCUGUCUGACUUGGUAUUUAUUAGUAUCAACAGAGGUCUUGAAAUUAAUAAAUUUUCUCCCCCCUCUCAUGGCUGAUAUUUUUUGGGGGGUAUCAACUUCUAUGUUUAACAACAGUUAUUAUUCAGAGUUGAUUUUUCAUUCAUAUUAUCAAUGACAUGGUUUAGGUGCAUAGGUAGUAAUGCUAGUAAUUGUUUUGCAGUGCCAAUACUGAUUCAGAAUAUUAAUCAAGAAGGAUCCACAUAUGUCAAAGGAUGAAGUCCAUAAAGUUGAAUGAUCUGGAUAUGAGGUAGAAUUUGUUGGAUCACUAUUUGAUGAAUCAAUUAGAUAACUUCUAGAUACUGUAUUGCACUUGUAAGAAGGUUUGCUGAUGAGUAUCAGUUAUACAUAUUUUGUUUAUUUUGUAAUUCCCCAAUUAAUUUAUCACUCCUUUUCCUUUCUUGAGGAGUUUUUGUAUUUUUUGGCUUUGCCUUACCUUCAUUGCUGUUUGAAAACUGUUGCUUCCAGCAGUAGGCUACAGUAAGUAUUGAAAUUUUGCACUUCAUAAGAAUAUUACAAUCACAUUUAGGACACACACAAAAAAAGACACUUCAUUCUCUGGCAAAUUCUGACAAAAGAUUAACAUGGUUCAACAAUUGUGAACAUUAUCAUUUUUUAGAUGAAACACUAACAAAAAAAUUAACAAUUCUAGUAAGAUCACAGCUCUGUUUACAACAAUUUUCUUCCAUAUGCCUUUUUUCUAAAUAAUAAUUUUUUGGCGGUGGGCAAUUUUUAUGUGAAACAUGGCUGUGCUUAUCAGUCAUCGUUUGGAGAAAGUGAAAAAUAAACACAAUUGAUUUAUCAACAACAUUACUGAUAUGCUGUAAAAUGACAUGGAGUACAUUUGUGUAACACAUAGAAUUAAGAAAACCACAGGAUUGAUGGUGUGCUAGAUUAUGCUCAACAGUACGAUUAUAAUGACUAGACUUUUAUUGUAAAUUAUAAGGGGUUGUUGACACUCCAUUUUGUAUCUGUGAUAAAAAAAUUAAAUUAAUGUUAAUAAAGUUUACAGCAAAAAUAUUAAAUUUUAGGUUUUAGCAAUGAUUUUCUGCAAAGGUUAUUUUAGUAGUUUUUAUAGAUAGCCAUAUCUAUAUAUAUAUAUGAAUAUACAAACAUAUAUAUUUUUACCCCACCAACUUUAUUUCAAUCCAUUUGUAAUAUUGUGAUCUCUGGCAGUACGUUGGUGUAGCCCAUAACUGUGCCGAAGCAGUGCAGUUGCUAACUUGUAGGGCCAUAGUUGUAUUGUCAGCUUUUUGAAGCUGUGUAGAACAUGGAUUUUUAUAUGCAACCCUUUAAGAUAUACAGUACAAAGGGGUUAGGUAGCUUGUAUCUUCAGGGGCCUUCAUAAUAAAAAAGGGCCCUUGCACGUAUCACAACUAUGUAUCUGUGUAGGGCAUGGAUGUUAGAUUGGAAGUACAACUACAAGGGCAUUUUAGAAAAUGGUAACCAUUCAGCAAAGGACAGCUCUCAUUGUUACACUAUUUACAUUAGUACGUAUAUAAUCUUUUGCGUUGGUGUUUGGUUGUCUUGGAUUAGAGAGUUCUGGUUUGUUUUGCGCUCUAUGAACUCAUGGGUUUAUUCACACUCAACAUCAUCAUGUGUGAAUGAAAGUAGUGUAUAUAAGGAUGGAUAUUAUAUUUAUGCAAAGCUGCUACUUCAGAUAUUUCAAACUGGCAUAAACUUUUGUUGCCAUAUGUACAAAGUAUUUUGUGCAGAUGUAUUUUUAUUAAUAUGUUACAGUGAAGAGAACUACAGUGACUUGAGUUCCUCAAAUACUACUACUUCUUAACAUUUUUAAUAAUAGCUGUGGUCAGCAUUUGAGUCAGUGAAUGAAACAUCCAACCAAAAAUCGAAGAACCUUCCUGCCGUAAAAAGGAACUAUUUGGCAUAUACUGUAUGUACAAUAUAUAUAUUAUAUAUAGUAUAUAUAUAUGUGUGUGUUUGUGUAUACUGUAAACUAGGAAUUUUAGGUGGAAACAAUAAAUGAAGCCUGAAAAGAUUGCUACUUUUGUACUUUGAUAUUUCUGUGUACAGUUCAAUAGUGUCCAAAGACAAGUAAAUUAUGUGGUGAUGAAACAGUAAUGCUAUGAUUUUGUCAUGGCUUAAAGUGAAUUAUGUAAACAUUACAUGUGAGUUUGUGUAUUGAAAGUUUGGUGCUUGCCAAACUGUGUUGGUAUAACUUGGUGAUUUGUAAGGCAUCAGUAGUCAAUUUUUAAAGAGUAGGUAUUUCAUUGAUUUAUUACCUUCAAGCAAACUGAGCUGCUAUCUUUGCUGCCAAAUUUAUGACUGUAAAUAGCAUCCAUUUUUCAUCAGAUGUCACUGGUUUUCAUAACCAUCACUCCAGUCUCUGAUUCUUUGGACUAGUUUGAUCUUGUGUGUUCAAUUAAGCUGUAGCAAAUGUAGAUAAUGAAAAUGCAUUUGGAUAAGAUUUCACAAGGGUUUUUUUGUAUCAGUGUAUAGAUAGUUGUACUAAGGUCUAACAUGUAACUUUCAAAGCCACAAUUGGACUUUAUUUUAUACCCUAUUAUCAUUGAGUGACAGUUAAACUGACCUUUAUUUCUUUUUAACUUAGGUAUUAUUGUUUCCAAUUAUGUUGUAAGGUUAUCCUUUUUAUACACCAGAAGUUUGAGACUUGGCAUAUAUUGGAUAUUUAAUCAGAUCUGUUGCUCCACUCUCUCUCUUUUAACCAAAGAUAAAUCUUGUUAUAUGAUUUUUUUAUGUUAAUCAGUAGUCAUUUCAAGUAUAAGGGAAUGUUAUUUCAUUGUUCUGUAUUUUUAGAUAUAUAUAUAUAUAUAUAUUUUGUGUUAAUCAGGUUGUAUGAUUCGUUGACAAAGGAACUUUUUAUACAAGUUAUAUUAGAAAGUUUCUGUUUAAACAUCAUAUAGAAGAAUACUUUUAGAUUUGUUUUAAUUGUUUUAUGUAACAUUUAUUUUUUAUAUUUUGCAUGCUAUUACAAGUGGAAGAUUUUAUUUCUUAGUAUUUUAUAUUAACCUUUUGUCUACAGCUGAUCUGACCAUGCUUUUAGAGAGUGUCAAAGAGCACAAAUCCAGUGCCAUUCUGCAACACCCUACCAUACUUCUGAAAAUCCUCUAGGAACUUCUGAAUUUCUAGGCCAAAAAGUUAUAUCCAAGUGUAUUGUACAGUAUAGUACUUUUGGAAAUUUUAGGCCCAAAAAUUCUUGUCAGAAUAAAAGACAAUACCAGGGAAUGGGAGGAAGUAAGAUAGGAGAUGGGAUGCAAUACCUAAGUCCUUUUUUGUUUAUUGGGGAAGUGAGGCUCUCUUUCAUGGACUGCGACGCAGAACAUGAAUGUUGUAUGUAGCCGAGGAUGACGUGAGGUGAUCCCAUAAUGCAAGUCAUCUAUUUGCCCUCUUGGUGGCACUUUAUUAAAGGGGGGGAACCCACCUUUACUUAGUACAAAAUAAUUUCAUUACUCCUUUGUUUUACUUCUUAAAGCAACAACUGUAAAUGAAGAUUUAUUGUAAUGUUCUUAAUUCCAGCCUAGUAUGCCAUCCAUUGCUUAUGAAGUGGUUUUCUGUUAAUAGUACAUAGUUUAAAGUAAUAGUUUGAACCAUGUGAUUCAAAUGGACGUUUUGGAAAUAAUCUUAUCAGUUUUUAUACAUUCAUAAACUUGUUUUGCAUGUUACUGUCAAUGUUCAUUGCAGAAAGUUAGCUAUAGAUAAAGAGUACCUUGAGCGAUGGAUGAUGUAAUGGCUGUAGAUAACCGACAUACAAACUACUAUUAAGUAGACAUUACUUGUAUAUCUUAAUUCUUUAAAUACAACAAAUUUGCCAUGGAA